CUCUCCCUCGCCUACACAUAUCAUUUGUCUUUUGGUUGCUGCUUUUUCUUCUCUCUUUCUCACUCUCUUUUUGGCGUUGGUUGUUCCCGCAAAGCCAGAGCUCACCGCCAAAAUCACACCCACUGCAAUGGCUCUCAAGCUUAACUCUGCCUUCAUCUGCCCCUACCACAACCCUCGUCCUCAAUCUCGCCGUCCCAGAUCUCACAGAGUUUUCAUGGCUUCCACUCUUCGCCCCACCUCUAUAGAGGUUGAGAAUCUGAAGAAGCCCUUCAGCCCUCCACGAGAGGUACAUGUUCAAGUUACUCAUUCUUUGCCACCACAGAAGAUUGAGGUCUUCAAAUCCAUGGAGGGUUGGGCUGAGAAAAACGUCUUGGUGCACCUAAAGCCUGUAGAGAAAUGUUGGCAACCACAGGAUUUUCUACCAGACCCCACUUCAGAAGGAUUUCAUGAGCAAGUCAAGGAGUUAAGAGAAAGAGCGAAGGAACUUCCUGAUGACUAUUUUGUUGUAUUGGUUGGUGACAUGAUCACAGAGGAGGCACUUCCAACUUACCAGACAAUGCUCAACACUCUGGAUGGAGUUCGAGAUGAGACUGGUGCAAGCCUCACUCCAUGGGCAGUUUGGACGAGGGCAUGGACAGCUGAAGAGAAUAGGCAUGGUGACCUUCUCAACAAGUAUCUUUACCUUUCUGGACGAGUAGACAUGAAGCAAAUUGAGAAGACAAUUCAGUAUCUCAUAGGAUCAGGAAUGGAUCCUCGAACGGAGAAUAGCCCCUACCUUGGUUUCAUCUACACUUCAUUUCAAGAGAGGGCGACCUUCGUCUCACAUGGGAACACAGCCAGGCUGGCCAAAGAGCAUGGGGACAUGAAACUGGCACAGAUCUGCGGCACGAUCGCUGCAGAUGAGAAACGCCAUGAAACAGCCUACACCAAGAUUGUGGAGAAGCUUUUUGAGAUCGAUCCUGAUGGCACGGUCUUGGCAUUUGCCGACAUGAUGAGGAAGAAAAUCUCCAUGCCGGCCCACUUGAUGUAUGAUGGCCAGGACGACAACCUUUUUGAACACUUCUCAGCUGUGGCCCAGCGGCUUGGAGUCUACACUGCCAAGGACUAUGCGGACAUUUUGGAAUUCCUAGUGGGAAGAUGGAAUUUAGAGAAGUUGACAGGUCUUUCUGGGGAGGGGCGGAAAGCACAAGAUUAUGUCUGUGGACUGGCUCCAAGGAUCAGAAAAUUGGAGGAGAGAGCUCAAGGAAGGGUGAAGCAAGCAACUGCUGUCCCUUUCAGUUGGAUUUUUGGUAGAACAAUGAUGGUUUAAGCACCAGCACCAGCACCAGUACCAGCACCAAAGGAAGAUACAGUUAUGCGCUCCCCCAGCCUAAUCUUUCCUCACACAAAUAUCAAUUGUGGAAUCACAGGUCCCCUUUUUUCCUUUCAUCUUUGAAGUCCCCUUAUGUGUGAGAUUGGGGUUAGGAGAGUUGUAUAACAUAAGCAUGUAGAUACACUUGGUUUUUGUCGUGUGGGUCACCUUAGAUCAGCAGCAAAUGACAACUAUAUGCUUGUGUUUUUCCCUUCUCUUUUACCUACAAAGUCAGUCUCUCCUGCAAGGUAUUUGUAUUAGAGAGUACUAGUUUUUAAUCAAUAGAAUGUUGAGUGUAAGCUUUAAACUA